AUUACAAUACUAGUAGCACUCAAGAUAGCCGGUUCGUUGACAGUGCCACGAAAUACGUUCCAGAUUGUCGCCAUUCAACUAGAGGAUCAAGUUUUAGGUGCUAAUAGGAAGCAAUAAAAGAUUCUGCGCGAUGGAUGCCAGUAUUCUCGCAACCAUGGACAAAGAGGCACUGAAAAAGCAGAUCGAGAACAUGAAGUACCAGGCCUCCAUGGAACGCUGGCCGCUGUCGAAAAGCAUUGCAGUGAUGCGGGAGUACGUAGAGGAAAAUGAAAAGAACGAUCCUCUCAUACAUGCCCCCGACAAGAAAAACAAUCCAUGGGCCGAGAAAGGGAAAUGCAUCAUCAUGUAAACUAAGCAAACAAAAACAAGAAUAUCAGCAAAAUUGUAAAUGACACCGUUUUGGCAACAUCACUAUUGGUCUGGUCUUUCGAGGCUGUUAUCGGGUUAUUGAAAAUUGCAACUGCCAGACAAUAUAUGACUAAGAUCUGACGCUGUACUAGCCAUGGAAAUUCGUUCACCAAUACAUUGUACGGUUUUUGUUCCCCAAAAUCUAGUCCUCGUAUUAAUUCAACAUAUGACUGCGCGACGCAAGUAUGUACUUAUGAAUGUUUUGUUGAAAUAAAAAUGGUUGUAAAUACGUUAAAUUUUGUAUUUCUAGUAAAGUAACGUUCGGUCGAUUCUAUCCGUAGAGAAUAAACGAAGAAACACUAAAUGUUGGAAGAUUAAAAAGGAAAUGUUAAUUUAAUUACCGACGUAUUUUACAUUUGAUUGAUGAUGAUUUUAUUUUGUUAAAUGAUAAUUCCUUGGUGAUGUUUCAAGAGAAUAUUAUUUAUCGAAUGAAUCCGAGUGUUUCCAUGCGAAACAAAGCAACUUCCUCUUAGAUAUUUGCGUGGAUCCACUCCGGAUUCUAAGUUGAUUUAUAUGAUACGACUUGACGCGUUUUGUUUUCGUUCUCCUCGGUUGACGAUCUCCCACUUUGUCAUCGCAUUAGUCUAUAAAAUGCAAUUAAACUUAAAGAUCCAUUGAGCUCGUGAAUCUUUAGGUUUGAAUAUACAUUAUUAAAUAAUGAUAAUUAAAAUAUAGGGUAAAGCACAUCACAACUUAACAUCUAUUUGCUGGAUCACAGAAAUGAGGUUAAAAGUUCAGGAAUAUGUAUUAAGUAAUGGCAAUAAAUGAUAAUUAGGCGUGUUAAAUGACGAAAUAUUAAAUGUAGAUGAAUGAAAUUUAAUGUUAAGGUAAUUUUCAGAAAUGAAACAUAAUCUCGUUUGAAACAAUUUAAAUUGUAAGUUUAUUUAAGACAAUUUUUUAUGUAUGGUACAUUCCGCGGUGCCAUCGUCUCGUUAUGCUUCUAUAUAAUAUUAGAUUAUCUUCGCUCUUUCAUUCAACACGUACGUGAUUGUUUGAUCCUUAUCGACGUUACGUAGAUAUUUUUAUAACAUUCAUUUGUUACCUAUAAUUUAGUUAAAAUUCCACCUUUCGCUCUAUGAAACUAGAUAAAUAAAUCUAUUGACUACUAUUUUAAACCUAGCACUUGAUUAGCUUAGUAUUAAUUCUAAAUUAAAUUGAUACUUUAUCUAUCACGAAAAAUUAAUCACUAAUGCGGAUAUCGUAGUUUCAAAAAUAAAAUUCUUCUAAAUUAUAUCUAAGUUUGGAUAUGAAUUGCUAUCAGAACUAGUUGUCGGAUUGAAUCGUAGCAGAAUGGAGUCUGGUAGCAACAGCAUCCUAAGUAGCGCUGUAAUCUAACAUUCCAUUAAAAGGGAUCACUUACGAUCCCUACUUUGAUAAAUAGGAAAUUUAAACUUACGCACUGUAGGUAAUUAUGUAUUAAAUUAAAAUCUAAUCCCAAAAAAAAAAAAUUAAACUUAAAUAUAAAACUACCUUCCUUCUUACCAUAUCUAGACACGAUCUAUGAAAAAUCAUUCUGGCUGUGAGUAUUUUUCUUCUUCUCCAUUACUUUAGAAGCUUCUCCAUUUCUUUAGGAAUUUAUCAUCGUCGUUAAUAAAAAAAUAUUUGCUAAUACCGACAAUAAAGUACGCGAGAAUGUAGCCCCUAUCACAUCGUCGCCCAUACGUAGACAUCUAUUUUAAUAGUUUGAAGCAACCCUUUCAUAUUUAUAACCUUUCGCUUACAUAUUCCAUUUCAGACGUUGAGUUUCACAUUGUAACUGUCCUUUUAGUAAAAAAAAAAUAGUCUUAAAACUAGAAUCUUAGCGAGUAAUAAGUAGUAUUAGAUAUAAAUUAAAAGCAAAAAAGUCAAAGUUGUUUGUUAACUUAUACUAUAAAAGUCGCAAUUCAGAGAAUUAGCCGUAGUUAUAAAGUGAAAAAGUAAUGAGUUUAUUUAAAAAAUCUAGUAAAUAAAUUAAGGGAUCUCAUGCGAGAAUGUGUGGCGAGUGACAAAGUGAUGAGUUUCCUUUUAUUAUCUGUUGAAUCAAAACCAAGGAGUUCCGUUACGUAAUGUUUUGUUUUUAAUGUAUUUUAAUUUAUAUUUAUUUCUGUUAAUCCUGACCUAAACCAAAGAUUUUUUUCGCAUUUCCUUGGACUCAUGUCCUUCCUUAUUGUAAGGCGAAUAUUAAAAAAUCAUUGUUGGCAAUCGAUUCUAAUUGAUGUGAUAUCAUGAUUAUUUAAUAUUCGUCAAAUAUUUUAGCUAAUAAUUAACUUAAUCGGUACUUUUUAACGGAUUUUUCCAGAAAUCUAAUAACUAGAUAAGAUGAUAUUGGAAAUGAUUUUUUUAGAAUCAAUAGGCUAAGAUAUUAUAUGUUAUUAUUAAUAUGUAAUCAGUAAUCACUGAAAUAAAUUAAAAACCUUUA